UCAGGGGGCAAAAGUCUUUUGGAUUUAAUCAGAGUUACACUACAUUGUCUGAUUGUGUAAGAUGAAAGUCUAGGCUAAAGACAUGCUUCAAUCAAGAACCCAAUCAAUGAUAUGGGCAGAUCCGUCAAUUCCUUUACUGAACUAUAAAGCAGAGUCUUCCUAAUCCUCAAAUUUUGACAUCAAUAUUUAUCAGUUUUGGCUGUGGAGAUGAUCAAAAGUUUGGUGAUCACUUAUGUUCUCUGGUCAUUAGGUGGACCUUUAGGUCUCCAUCACAUCUACCUUGGGAGAGAUAGCCAUGCCUUACUGUGGAUGGUGACAUUUGGUGGAUUUGGGUUUGGGUGGAUUCGUGAGUUUUGGCAUUUGCCAAAGUAUGUGCAAAAUGCAAACUCGCGCCACAAAAAGACUCAAAGGAAAAGAGAUAAACAACCAUCAAUGAAAAUUAUCCGAACUUUUGGCCAAUUUGUAGUUGGGGUUUACUUUGGUAUCGUUGCUCUCAUAAGUCUAUCUCCAUUAAGUGGUUUCUACAUCAUGGUCUUGCCGCUUGCUAUCACACUGGGUGUUCACCUUGUAGCUAAUGUUGGUGAGCAAACUUCCGAUAUAAAGGCAACAAUGAUAGCCUCCAUUGUUACUUCCAUCAUAUUCUAUGGCAGACCCAUUGCAACAAUACCCAUCAGUAUUGUUGCUAGUGUUGUCUCUAUGCAACACUGCCUCUACAAGACUUCAAGCGACACGGAAGACAACUUAAGGGUGCGACUUUACAGAUUAGCUUUAGCUUGGCUGGCUUUCACAAUGCCAAUCUUCUAUUGUAUGUUUCACAAUACUACAGUUACAAUAACGUACAUCUCCGACACCAUUAAUAUUAUCCUGGAUUCACUCCGAAUAUUCCCACUGGUCGGUGGUCUCUUUGAAUCUAUAUUACUUCUUCCAUAUCAUGCAUGGAAGCUCUCCACUGGUGGAACUGGAUUAAGCUAUGGUUACAAUCAGGAAUGGGAAAAGUUAUUUGCAUCUAUCACUUCCAUAAAGACUGAAAGAGAAAGGUUAGCGUACAAGGUGCUGGGACUACGCCAGGAAGCAACCUUGGAAGAAAUUAACAAAAGUUAUAGAGAGUUGGUGAAACGCUGGCACCCUGAUCACAACCGACAUAAUUUAAAUGAAGCAGAACAACAAUUUCUUGAGAUACAGGCAGCAUAUGAAGUACUUACGAAAAAGCAGACAAGAGACACUCAAGAGCUGUGAUAUCAUUUAUAAAAUAUCAAGAUUCCUGGCUUUAUGGCUGCUUUCCAUUUAUGAUAUAAAUUUGUUAAAAUUGUGGCAUUAAAUAAGGAUGAAUUGGGACUAAAUCUUCAGUUAUUUUUCCUUGUUCUCUAGGUUAGCUGGAGUAUUUAUGCCCCAUCUACAUUAUAGUUCAAUGCAUUCUCCCUUAAUUCUCACAUCAAAGAUUACAUUCUACAAGUUAAGGUAGUCAGAUGAGAAUAUCAUUGUCUGGAUUUCUUAUUUAUAUCUGCCUAGAAUUAGUUCAUUCAUCAGUCAAGUCCAGAUGCUUUUCUGAGCAUGUUUUCUUGUCCAAAAAAACAUCAGGCUCAAGAAACCUCUAUUUUUGGAGCUUGAGUCAAGUUUGAAACUAGAAUCAUAUAAAAAAAAAGAACAGUAGGCCAUUCUGCACUUCACACAUGCUCCAGCAUUCAAUAUAAUCACAAAUGAUCAUCCUAAUUCAGUAUCUCGUUCCUGCAUUCUCCCUGUAUGCCAUGAUUUCCUCAGCUACGAUAACCAUACCUCAUUUCUUUUAAUGGGGUUGAGAAUUCCACAGGUUCAACUCUCACUGGAUGAAGAAAGUUCUUGAAAUCUCUGUCCUAAAAAGCAACAAUUAUUCCAGCAACACACAUCAAAGUUGCUGGUGAACGCAGAAGGCCGGGCAGCAUCUAUAGGAAGAGGUACAGUCAACGUUUCGGGCCGAGACCCUUCGUCAGGACUAACUGAAGGAAGAG